UUUUUUUUAUCCUUCAUUAUAAGCAAAAACUUUUUUUAUUAUUACUACUUGUGUUAGAAACAAGUUGGGGGGUCAUUAAAGAAUAAAAUGGAUGAAGCACGCGAUGUAACAAUGUCUGAUGUUCCUAAUGGAGAAGAGGCACCUUUUGGUUUAUCUUCAAAUGAAUGGAAAUUCUAUCAGUAUGUUCGUAACUCUCCAAAGGGCGUUAAAUUUACAGAUCGUCCUGAUGGCAUGGAUGUUCAAGAAGCUUACUUAGCAAUGAAUGCUUUAUUAAAAAAAAAUACUUUGGAAGUUAUUGUCCUUAAUGGGGAAAAUAUGUUAAAGGCCAUCGAUCUAAGAGAUGCAGAAAAAGCGAGUAAAUUAAAUGACGAUGCACGUUUAGUUUAUAAUGCCAUUCGAGCUGCUGGAAAUACUGGUAUUUGGACAAAAGAUUUGAAAAAGAAAACAAAUCUUCAUACUAUCGUCUUGAACCGUACACUCAAGUCUCUGGAACAAAAGCAUGAAAUUAAAGCUGUUAAACAUGUCAAAUAUCCUACUCGUAAGAUUUACAUGUUAUUUAACGUGACUCCAUCAAGCGAAGUUACAGGUGGUGCUUGGUACACAGAUCAAGAAUUAGAUGUUGAUUUUAUUGAAAGUUUGAAAACUGCUUGUUUAAAAUAUAUCAUGUCAAGAAGCUUUCCUCGUAUUGAAGGUGUACCUGACGCUGUGUUUGGUGCUGAUCACGAACAUUAUCCUACAGCUGCAGAAGUUAGACGGUUUAUUACAGAAUCUCGUAUUUCAUCCAUUGAUUUAUCUGUUAAAGAUAUCACGAGUCUCUUGGAUGUUUUGGUUUAUGAUGGCGUAGUUGAAAAAAAGCUGCCUUUUAUGGUAGGCAUGGAUGAUUUCAGUGAUGAUGAAGAUGAGGGUGAUGAUGCUUCUAUUCAAUGGUCAUAUAAAGCAGUUAGAAAAGCAGCUACUCGUUUGCCCAUUGAAGCAUUAACAGAAACUCCCUGUGGUAAAUGCCCUGUAUUUAGCUUUUGUGUUGAAGAUGGUCCAAUCAGUCCAAUUACUUGUGAAUAUUUUAAUACUUGGCUAGACUGGUAGUGCUUUUUUUUUUCUUUCUUUCUUUCUUCAAAAGCUUUAUAUAUAAAUAUUUGUAAAUAGUAUAUACAAUUUUUUUAUUAUUAU